GGCCUCCCCACCCCGGGCCCGAGGCACCCUGCUUAAUGGCCGAGAGCCGGGGGCGCGGGGGGCAGGCCACGCCUGCGGCUCAGGCAAUGCCUGAAGGCGGUGACGCUACCAGGUGUCCCACUCUCUCGGGACGGUCGGCGGGGACAUAGGGCGGGGCGGGCGGCAGGUGCUGACACUGGAGCCGGCGGGGGGACUGCCCCUCCUGAGACAGAUGGCGCUAGCUCGCUGGGCCGGCCGAACUGUGAGAUGCCCUCCAGAACGCAGAGGGCGCUGUUGCCGCGCUGUGUCCGGCCGGGCUAGACCCCACCAACCCUGUGCCGGUCUUGCUACACGCGUAUCAGCCAUGGCCGCGGCUUUGGCGCUUCGCUGCCUGUCCCGCGCGCGACCGGCGCCGCGCUAUCCGCCCGUUCAGCUGCCGUGGGCCCCACGGCGCGGGUAUCGGCUCUCGCCGGCGGACGACGAGUUGUAUCAGCGGACGCACAUCUCUCUGCUGCAACACGAGUCCCCUCACGCCAUGUACAUCGACUGCUACAACAGCCGCGGCUUCACUGUCAACGGAAACCGAGUGUUCGGGCCCUGCGCGCUUCUCCCGCACUCGGUGUUGCAGUGGAACGUGGGAUGCCACCAGGACAUCACCGAAGAGAGCUUUUCCCUGUUCUGGAUGCUAGAACCCCGGAUAGAGAUUGUGGUGGUGGGCACUGGAGACCGGACUGAGAGGCUGCAGUUCCAGGUGCUGCGAGCCAUGAGGGAGCGAGGCAUUGCUGUGGAAGUGCAGGACACGCCCAACGCCUGUGCCACCUUCAACUUCCUGUGUCAUGAAGGCCGAGUGACAGGAGCUGCUCUUAUACCCCCACCUGGAGGGACUUCACUUCUCUCUCUGGGUCAAGUUGCAGAAUGAACCUCCAGGAACUGACCUGUCUAGGAGGGCCCUGGCACUUUGCAGAGUGCAGGGCUUCCCAAUGCUUUCACUAUUGUCUUCCUUUGGCACUGUAACACUUGUUUGCCAGCAUAUUAAUAACUUAUGUACUUCUA